AUGUCUGCCCAACCCUUUCGGUCGCCCGAGGAAGAUGACCCUGCGAUUUACGCGACCGCGCGGGAGUCUUUGGAGAAACUGCUGUCAACGAACGACUUGCAAAGCCCUUGCCUAUCAGUCGAGCCACAUGACUUACGGGAUAUCCGCGACCUACGAUGUCAUUUCUUUGGCUGCCUCGGAAUCAACAGGCGGCUUCAAGUCUUGUCUAACCCUAGAGAUCCUAUCUGGGCACAAGCCGAGGCCCUGGAGACCAAAGACACCGAACCGGUUCAGAAGAACAACUCGAAAACGCCGCCUGUGGGCUUCGUAGAUCCAGAUGAGUACCAGCCAGGAAUGAGAUAUGUCACGGCCUUGAGCCUGCAGGCGGAACUGAAAAGGAUAUCCGUUCUGCGCAGGACCCCGGCUCUUAGGGGUCUGGUACGCGAGGUUCAGCGUAGCCUUGUGGCGUGGAGAGAGGAGAACAAAAAGAACAUCAGCAAUGUCGAAAGACUUAGAAUCGAUACGACCCACUUCCGCCUGAUGGUGCCCCCUGGGACACCUGGGAGCCCGCGCCAACCAGAGGGCCGAGGUGUUGCACCCGGUUCAGCUCAGGAUCCCGGUCCUCCAUUGACCAAAGAACGGCGCCGUAACACGAACCUGACCCAGGGCAGCCUCACAGAACACGACGACUUCUCGCGAAUGCUGAAGAAAAUCGUCGACGACGAGCGUGAAAAGAGCAAGGAAGCCAUGCCAGAGGACGACCCCAUGACGUCCUAUGAACUCAAAAGAGAUGUCAAAGCACAGCUGAUUCUACUUGAGCGCCCGAGGACCUCGGGUUCGAGAGCAGCGUCAGUCAUGGGCAACGUCAUGGAGCCCGACUGGGAAGACGUCGGAGAUGAGAUUUUCAAGGGCCGAUUUCCUGACCAACAGCUUUCCAUGUUUCACCUCUUGAACGGGGUAUUGAAGGGAGGAAAGUUCAAUAGGGGUAAAUUCGAAAGGACCGUCAAGUCGACUACAGAGGAUGAACUUUGCCCUAGCAAGCUGAGAUACUAUCAUAUUCCUGUCAACAAUAUGCAGUGGGCUGAGCAAGCUAUUGCAAGCUACUUUGACGAGCCUUAUCCCGAGCCAGGGCACGACUUUUAUCCCUCAACCAAACUAGUCUUGCGAGAUGACUGCUGGAGGGGCCAAGAGCAUGGUAAUGAGCCGCACUCGAUGGUUCAUAACCGCCACUUGCGUCCAAUGUGCGAGAAAAUAUCAACAGAUGCCGAUGAUGCUUACCGCAAAGGAGAGAACAGCCUCGUCCUGUUUAUGCCAUUUCUCCACUGGGAAACAGACAGAAGACGAAAUCAGGCUGCAAACCUGAUUGAAAGACUCGCAGAUGAGCACGAACUGGAUUUGAGAGAGACUGCCCAGAUGUGGAAGGAAAUCCGGAAAGACGAUCGAAGGGGUCUGCUCAAAUUAGCCCAGCACCGUCCUGCUCCGACAGCUACGGGUCAUAAAGAACCGAACUAUUACAGGACACGAGGGACAGACAGGGACGAGAUACUGCAAGCCCUGGCCAAGAUUUUGUGGGAGAAGAUUCGAAAAGACAGCACCGCAACAAUGCCCUCAGGUCUCCCACACACCCUAUGGCAGAGAAUUCGGGACGAGUGCUUCGAAGACAUCUUGGUCAAGGCCUUGAAAAAUGCUCUACUAGAGAAAGCACGUGCCCAGGAAAUCCCUCAGAUACUCCAAAAGUUCGUCCCGGACCAGGCCAUUGAUCAAAAAGAGCAGCUGGCAUUUGACUGGGACAACGCUCUAUGGAGGAUUAAGGAAGCUGGGAAGGGCUAUCCGACUCCACACGCCCUGGACGACAUCUUUUGGGAACAGAUCAAGAAGGCCAGGGAAAUAGCUGACCGCAGAAGAGGGCUUGAAGACGAGAAUGACCAAGACCCAGAAGAGUUCCAAGGCGAAGGGGCAGCCAACCUUCAGUCCCACAGCGCAGGUCCAGGCAUGAACGGAUCCCUAGGACAAAUCUUCAAAUCACCCACAACGAUAUUCCAGGGAAUCAAGGUCGAUGAAUACGGGUGUCCCCAACCUAGAAAGAAGCUCGCCAAAGUAUUGAUCAAGGCCGCAAGGCUCUACGAACAAAUCAUGACAUACCCCGACCAGAGAAUCAUGGAGAAGGACCUUUUCUCCGAUCCUCCUCUUCACCCCCGACGGACCCUAGACCAAGCGUAUUUUUGGAGACUGCGUACAACACGAAGUCGAGACCGGGACCAAGUCGUCUAUCGGCACACCAACGCGGAGUUCGCGCAUAAGUUUCGACCGCAAGACACAGCUCACAUAUGCGACAAGAAGACGCCGUCAUCGGUGAACAAUCAGACCCGUCCUAUCAGUGACCAGGCCGACACGACAGACUCGGAGAACUGGCAGUGGAGUCGCCACGGCGAAUUCGAACAAGCCUACGGGUGCGCGCAGUGCGACGCAGACAUUCGCAAAGUACCGCGAGCAAUCAUGGUUGACCAGUUGUGGAUGUGGGUGUUGGACAAGGAUACAAUACUUACGUGCUUUCCUCAGAGAUAUGGAGUGUCCUACAAGGACGACUCUGGAGUGCAUCAGUCCAUCCGGACAAGAGUGAAGACGCGCAGUAACCCGGACAAUCAUGUCCGAUCUGUCUUCGACCUUGCCCUGAUCAUACUGGACGAGUGUUUCAAUACCUUCUUUAACAGGGCCCGGACGGCCGACAAAAGACCUCAAGUCAUGGACAUGUUCGCCGAGAGCAUUGGCCGUGUUACUCACAAACAAGCCGUUGCCUUCAAACAUCUGUGGAGCCUCUCAGAGCGCCUCACAGCGAUCUACCAGAGUGGAGUCGAGGACAAGGUCGACCCAAGCAUCUACCAAUCCGAGGCCGAAGACAAAGUCGACCCUAGGAUCAUGCUGGCUCUCCUCGACGUGACCCCAGAGGCCGAGCUCCAGCGCGAGAUCCGCGACAUAAUCGACGAGCUGGACAUUAUGCUUCAUGUCGUGGGGCAGCAGCAGGAGGUGAUCAAGCGGUUCGUCAGGUUCGCCGAGGACGUGCUCAGUGUGAAUCCCGCGAACCUCCCGAGGCAGAUCGGCUCCGCUACGCCCGUCGACGUGCAGAGCAUUGUGGCGGAUCAGAUCAAGUCGUUUGAGUCUCGCAAGGCGGAUCUGCUUUCCGAGGUCGAGGACAGAAUCAAAGAGCUUGAGGGGUUGAAGGCCAGCGCGCUCAGCACGGCGGAGAAUGUGAACGACCUCCUCGGCUUGAAGCAGCAGCAAGCAAGUGUGGUUCAGGCUUACGAGGCUAUGAAGCAAGGGGAGGAGACGGUGCGCCAGGGCAAGGCCAUCAUGGUCUUUACGGUCAUGACGAUCCUUUUCCUGCCGCUGUCGUUCAUGAGCAGCCUCUUCGGGAUGAACGCCGUGGAGCUCACAGGCGAGGACCCAUCACCGGGCGCGGGCGACGACUCGCGGCCGGUGCCCGACGAGAUCGCGUCCUUCUGGCCCAUAACCUUCAAGAGGCAGAUCCUGAUAAUGUUCACCGUCUCCUUCGGCGCCGUCCUGGCGGUGAUCAUCCCGGCCUUCAGCCCCUUUGCGCGCGCGGCCGCCUCCUCGGCCCUGCGGUACGCCGCCGCCCGCGCCGUCACCGCCGCGCCGCUGUACCGCCUCUGGCUGGGCAGCGGGUGGAGCAGCAGGAGGCUGCGGGCGCGCGCGGGCGGGGCCGUCAGGGACAUGAAGCACGCGGUGCGCGAGGCGAUGAGGCGCCAGCGGUUGGAGGAGAGCGAGGUCCGCGACGGCGUGAGGAGGAAGGGGGCGCCGGCAGUUGGGGGUCCGUUUGGGGGUGCUGGGCCCGGCCCGCGGCAGAGUCGGAGGCGUGGGAUGUCGCGAGGAGGGAGUAGUGGGCGUGGUGGUGUCUAG